ACUCUUCUUCUCUGGUAAUUCCUCACCUCAAGUCGCUCUUACCAGCUCUUGAGCGGGUUCAUCUUUCCCAAGAUGUCCGAAGACAAGGAAUCUGAAGAGGAGAGCCAUGUCCAUGAAUCUGACAUAAAUGAUGCGUCAAACGAGAAUCUGACGACAGAAAAUGAUGAUCAGCUACUCCAAACGAUUGCUGAACUGAGAUUAGAAAAUGACUUUCUCAGAUCCCAGUUUAAGGAUCAAGUAGAGCAAAGUAGGUCUCACCAAGUGGAAGCCGAAUCUGCUCAAUUGAAACAACUUCAAGAACAGGUUGCAUCAUUGAGCAGGGAAAUUGAUGUGGAAAAACAAACUCGAGUUGCAGCUGAGCAAGCUCUUGAGCAUCUUAGGGAAGCAUACUCUGAGGCUGAUGCAAAAGCCCAGGAAUACUCCACCAAGUUUUCCCAAGUUGAACAGAAGCUGGACCAGGAAAUCAAAGAGCGCGACGAAAAAUAUGCCGACCUGGACGCCAAAUUCACUAGGCUUCACAAAAGGGCUAAACAGCGCAUUCAAGAAAUCCAAAAGGAAAAAGAUGAUCUCGAUGCCCGUUUCCGGGAAGUGAAUGAAACAGCUGAACGAGCAUCUUCUCAGCACUCAUCCAUGCAACAAGAGCUGGAACGCACUAGGCAACAGGCGAAUGAAGCACUGAAAGCAAUGGAUGCAGAGAGGCAACAACUAAGGAGUGCCAAUAACAAGCUCAGGGAUACUAUCGAGGAACUACGUGGCUCAUUGCAGCCUAAAGAAAAUAAGAUAGAGACAUUGCAACAGUCACUUCUUGAUAAGGACCAGAUUCUGGAGGACCUGAAAAAGCAAUUACAAGCUGUGGAAGAGAGAAAGCAAAUUGCAGUUACUGAGUUGUCAGCCAAACAUCAGAAGAACUUAGAGAGUUUGGAAGCACAGGUCAUAGAUGCUCUAUCUGAGAGGGACAAAGCAGCCGAAACCAUUUCGUCGCUGCAGGUACUGCUUGCAGAGAAGGAAUCUAAAAUUGCAGAGAUGGAGGCAGCUGCAACUGGCGAAGCAGCAAGGCUAAGGGCUGCUGCAGAAACUCUUAAAGGAGAGCUUGCACACCUUAAAUCGGAGAAUGAAAAGGAAAAGGAGACUUGGGAAGCUUCAUGCGGUGCCCUUAAAUCUAAACUGGAAAUCGCUGAAAGCAACUACUUACAGGCCGAAAUCGAAGUGGCUAAACUGAGAAGUCAGCUGGGAUCUGAAAUGUCCAUGCAGACCCAGAUACUAAGCACAAAAGAUGCUGAACUCAAAGGUGCAAGAGAAGAGAUCAACCGUCUCCAAAGUGAAUUCUCUUCUUACAAGAUCCGUGCUCACACGCUUCUGCAAAAGAAGGACAUGGAGCUGGCUGCAGCUAAAGACUCUGAACAAAUCAAAUCUCUUGAGGAAGCUCUAAAGGAAGCUGAAAAAGAAGUAUAUUUGGUAUCUGCAGAGAGGGAUAGGGCACAGCAAGAUCUUCAGGGUGCUUUGGCUAGCCUUGAGAAAGAACUUGAGGAAAGAGCUGGAGCACUUAAAGAUGCCAGCGAGCAGAUCAAAAAUCUUGAAGUGAAGCUUGACUCCACUGUUGCUCGCAAUCAAGCGGAGAAACAAGCGUGGGAAGAAGACCUUAGGGUUUUAGAAGAAACAUGGCGACGAAGAUGUGAAGCUUUAACCGCUCAAAAUGAAGCCUCUUCUGCAGAAGGAAUAGAAAAAGAACUAGAAGAUGCCAAACUGCGGAAUAAACGACUGAAGGAGGAGCAUGAAUCAGUACGUGAGCUUGCAGAUAGACUCAUUGAGGAGAAGGAUCGAGAGAUAUCAAGACUUGUCGAUGAGAUUAAAAAUCUUCGAAAUUCUAUGGAGCCAAAACCAGUAGUUCACCACUAUGGGAACAACAACACAGAGUCACAACAGCAGGAUGUAUCUAACUUGAGCACUUCUGCAGCAGAGCACCAGAUUCUGAUAUUGGCAAGGCAACAAGCUCAGAGAGAAGAAGAGUUAGCACAGACACAGCGCCAUAUUUUAGCUCUUCAGGAGGAAAUCGAGGAGCUUGAGCGAGAAAACCGUCUUCACAGUCAACAGGAAGCUAUGCUAAAGACGGAGUUGAGGGAGAUGGAAAGAAAACAGAAGAGAGAAGGCGUAGAUAUGACAUACCUAAAGAAUGUGAUAUUAAAACUGCUAGAAACAGGUGAAGUGGAGGCCUUACUACCUGUAGUGGGGAUGUUGCUUCAGUUCAGUCCAGAGGAGAUCCAGAAGUGUCAGCAAGCCUACCAUAGCUCAACAACAACAGCAACAACAACAGAGGCGACUCCAGAUCCGGCAAGUGAGGGUUCAGCCAUGGAGGGUAGGCACAAGUUACACUCUGGCUUGCGUUUAUGGGAAUUCCCUGAUCAGUACGUCAUCGAGCCAACCGAUGGUUCCUCCGCUUCAUGUUUGGACAUUAGCCGUCUUGACGGCUCCAUGAAGCUCAUUGAUCAAGUAGCAGAAUGCAACUCUUUGCGUGUCCCUAAAAUCCGCUCCAUUUUCGGUGUGGUCGGGAUGCUGAAGCUCCUGGCAGGAUCCUACUUAGUAGUUGUGACAGAGAGCGAAUCUGUUGGCUCGUUUUUGGGACAUCCUAUAUUCAAAAUUAAUUCGCUCAAGUUUCUUCCUUGUGAUCAUCCACUUGAAAACUCGCAUGAAGAACAGAAAAAGAUGGAGACUGACUUCUCUAGGCUGCUAAGCGUCACAGAGAGGACAACUGGGCUCUACUUCUCAUAUGAAAUAAACUUGACUCUCACCGCACAGCGGUUGCAUGAUUUGGGUGAUGAGUCUAAGUUGCUUCCUUUGUGGAGACAGGCUGAGCCUAGAUUUCUAUGGAACAACUAUAUGUUAGAAGUUCUUAUCGAUAAUAAGCUUGAUCAGUUCUUGCUUCCUACAAUUUUCCUAAACCCUGCAUCACGUUUUCAUAGUUUUCAAACAGCCAUUGGAAGAGAUGUCGUUGACAUUACUCUGAUUGCUAGGAGAUGCUCUAGAAGAAAUGGUACGCGCAUGUGGCGACGAGGAGCUGACCCUGAUGGUUAUGUUGCUAAUUUUGUGGAGACUGAGCAAAUUGUACGCAUGAACGGAUACACAUCAUCAUUUGUUCAGGUUAGAGGAUCCAUGCCUUUUAUGUGGGAGCAAAUUGUAGAUCUGACCUACAAGCCCAAGUUUGAGAUUGUCCAACCUGAAGAAGCUGCGAGGAUAGCUGAGCGUCACUUUCUUGACUUAAGGAAAAAAUAUGGAUCAGUUUUGGCGGUUGAUCUUGUCAAUAAGCAUGGAGGUGAGGGGCGCUUAAGUGAGAGGUUUGCAGGUGCUAUGCAGCACAUCAAUGGUGAUGAUGUAAGAUACCUGCACUUUGAUUUCCAUCACAUCUGUGGCCAUAUUCACUUUGAGCGCUUAGCAAUUCUGUAUGAGCAGAUGGAGGAUUUCCUCCAGAAAAACGGGUACUUUUUGUUGAAUGAAAAGGGUGAGAAAAUGAAGGAGCAGCUUGGUAUUGUGCGAACAAACUGCAUAGAUUGCUUAGACCGUACUAAUAGCAUGAUAGGCCGAAAGAUGUUGGAACUUCAACUCAAAAGGAUUGGUGUUUUUGGUGCAGAAGAGGCCAUAAGCUCGCAUCAAAAUUUUGACGAAUGCUAUAAGAUAUUGUGGGCUAAUCACGGUGAUGACAUUAGCAUUCAAUACUCCGGCACUCCUGCACUUAAAGGAGAUUUUGUCAGGUAUGGUCAAAGGACUGUCCAAGGAGUCCUUCAAGAUGGCUGGAAUGCCCUCGCACGCUACUAUCUGAACAAUUUUGCUGAUGGAACUAAGCAGGAUGCAAUUGAUCUUGUGCAAGGACACUAUAUAGUUGCUGUGAGCCGCGACAUGGCUCCUGUGCCUCGAAAGGGAGGUCUUGAGGCUGUAGCUAACUUUCCAGUGGCUUUGACGGUGAUUCUGAUCAGUUUCUGGUUCGCAACAAUGUCUGUAAAACAAGUUGGGAGUAGUUAUAAGCACUUACUUUUCUCAUUUGUUUGGGCGGGCAUCAGUGUAGCUGUCGCGGCACUCGUGAGGGCCAAUGGCCGGAUCUUCUGCAACCGGCCUCGUCUGCACAAACCCAGAUCUUGAUGCCAUAGCUUGGCUUUGAACUUUGUGCAAAUGGAGCCCAUUGAUUCCUUUCGUUACAAUUUCAUUCUUCAAACUAUCAUUAAUUGACUUCAGUUUAUUAAUACAAGUUGGGUUUUUAU